AUGGCGCUGUCGUCAGCGAGCGGCACAGCGCAACCCACACCUCAAGCUCAUCACCCUGCAUCAUUACAUCACUACUUCCCCUACUUUAAGCCGUCAUCAUCCUUAGCCCAGAACCCCUACGCCCAUCACACCAGUACACAUCACAUGGGUAUGGGUCCGAGCCCUCUGGGAGGCCUAGGGCCGUUUGGUCUGACGCAUCACGGAUUAGAAGCGGUUGGAUUUCCGCAAGGUGUAAACCCACGCAAACAACGCCGAGAACGGACCACGUUCACACGGGCUCAGUUGGACGUGCUCGAGGCACUCUUCGGGAAAACUAGAUAUCCGGACAUCUUCAUGAGGGAAGAGGUUGCGCUGAAGAUUAACUUGCCUGAAUCUAGAGUACAGGUCUGGUUCAAAAACCGGCGGGCAAAAUGUCGCCAACAGCUGCAGCAGCAAACGAACGCCCAGAUCAGUAGCAAAUCUUCAACUUCCAAGAGCGUAACAUCAAGUUCAUCUAUAAAGUCAUCCAGUAGCUCAGCGAAGAUAAAUUCGUCUAAAUCUUUGACGAAUUCGUCCAAUUCUCUCACAACGACUCAGAAUACUUCCAGUAUCACCACAUCUUCUCCUAAUCUUCCGACCCCCACUACUUCAGUGAGUCCUCCAAUAAAUGUAAUUUGUAAAAAAGAAUCCGGCCCUACGAACUACGACACAUCUCCCUUAAAUAAGAAUCUGUCAGUCAACCAUCACUACAACUCUAAUGACGCUUUGAGAAUCAACAAAGAUUCAUCUUCAUCUGACGCUAUAUCAAACGUCCAUAGCUAUGGGCUGACGCCAAAACAGGAGUUAUAUAACAGUCCUAAACGGCUCGACUAUUCCAACAAAGUCGAUUAUUCGGACAAGUCUUUCGGACAUAAUCUUGUAAAAGAACAGUACAGCUCCCGUUUGACAGGGAACUUGACUCCCCUUGGGUCAAGUUCGUCUGUUAUGACAACGCCCUCACCUCCCAUUACUCCUCAGAAUGGUCCGGCAAAUUUGUACCACCCGGAUAGCUACAACAGCAUCCACUGGCCAGGAAGCUCGGACUACAUCAGGAGUUACUCCAGCUCACACCAUCACCAAGGUUACGGGCAGAGCGCGUACAACCCGCCAUACUAUCCAGGACAGGUGGAAUACUUUAACGGUUCGGGAGUUAAUCAGACUCAUGGUAGUCACCACACCCACAACCUUUCAAACAGCAACCAACUUUACAAUCAAGUUUCUUUUAGCAGCCCUUCUCCCCCCAGCGCUUGGUCCACUCACCACAACAUCCUCUCAUCAGGGCCGGAGUCUCCCGAAAACCAGCCCCAAAACUCCCCCCACUUGAGUAUGCUUCAAGCGUCCCAAAUUACAAACUUCUCCAACACAGGAAACAAUUACUUCGCGCCUGAAAAAUAUGGCAUAAAUAUGGUGUAG